AUGUCAGUGCUCACGGCAAGAGGGACAAACGAGCAGCUCGAUCAAGAAGAACCAAACCAUUGGAGCCGAACGCUCAUCGCCAUAGCUAUCAUGACAAUGACCCUAGCUACCAUCUCAUUCGUUCUCCGUCUGUACAGUCGUCAAAAGACCAAUUGGAAAUUAGCAAUUGAAGACAUGUUCAUGGGUCUGGGCCUACUCUGCUCAUACGGUUUGAACGUGUGUGUGAUUAUAGCUGCGUUCAAUGGAGUAGGACACAAUGUGUGGGCAUUACCCGAACAGACCCAAGGUCGAGCAGCUCUUCUAUUCUGGCUCGGCCAGAAGUUCUGGGCGCUAGCACACACAUUCGUGAAACUGUCUAUUGUCCUUCUCAUCCGCCGCUUGCUCCACACAGUGGGACCCUGGCAGGCGGUUACGACGGCGCUGAUUGUGUUCACUGUGGCGUGGGGUAUAACCGCAGUCAUUGGAAACGCCUUUCAGUGUAUACCCGCUCAAUACUUCUGGAAUAGGGACAUUGAGGGUCAUUGUUCUGUUCACCAACAGGCCUUCUCCAUCUCUAUUGGAUCAUUGGCGCUGUUGGAAGAUGCUGUCCUGCUGUUGAUACCGGUCCUCAUCGUCUGGCGAUUAACAUUAGAAUGCGCCGAGAAGAUCCGGAUCACUCUGUUAUUUUCCGUCGGAGGGCUACAGGGCAUGCGUUUUCAGUAUCUUGCGCGUGAUAGAGUUGAUUCACUAUCAAACAGACAACUUGACAGCAAAUGGAUCCCUUGA